AUGCCUUGUAUUAAUCGUUCGUCAAUGGAUGUACACGUUGAAGCCGGUGGGAUUACAUAUUUCUUUUCACUUUUACUUUUUACUCAAUGCAAUGCAAUGCCUUUUCUUCGACUGCUCAUGGAAUAUUACAGUGUUACAAUUGUGUCAUAGCUGUCUGAACCUUUGAUGCUCCAGCUUUGGAGUGGUUCGCAUUUAAGAGUUCUAAUCUGUGGAUAGAAUGGUCUACCGAAUUGUCUACCGUGGCCACUCGGUACAUUGUAACGGUGAUGACUUUAGUGAGCUUAAUUUUUUCGAAAUGGAGAAAUAUUGAUGGUGGUGGAGUGAUAUGAGACGCAAGUUUUUGCCUAUUAUAUCGACAAAUAUUGACAACCAAACGGCUCGGUAUAGCCUAAUGAUGUGCUAUGCAUUCUGUCAUCAGCUGAAGACGUGAUAAUGAUGCUAAAUCUGGUUUCUAAACAACUUCAUAACGGGGACCAUCGCUUUUGUGCCUUUUUGUGUCAUCACUGGCGGAAGUUAUUCCGAGUUGUGUCAGUGUGAGAGGUCAGUUAUUACUCUUUAUUUACCCUGCCUAAAGACUGUUUCAGGCAUGUCGGACUCGCUCAAUUUAUCGGCUCAGAAUUCAGAGGACUUGUUGGCUGAUUUCGAGUCCCUGGUGAACUGCGGGGCGUUUGAUUUGGGAGGCCAUCCCGUGGUGAUUAUUUCCACCCCGGGUCAUAUCGAGGUUCCCAUGGUCGCCCCACCCGUCAACGCCAACAUUCUGUUUGUUGCCACGCCUCAAACGUCAUCAAGUCAAGAGCGUCAAGUCAGAACCCAUUUGGAUCGACCACCGGUGAAGAGGAGGUUGGAUCUGGAUAAUGACCAUCUGUAUCAUGUGAGCGCCGCAAGUCUUCAUCCUCCAAGCCCACCGCCCCCGAGUACCCCAGCACCACACAGAGUUGAUAAUAGUCAUAAGAAGGCCACAGAGAAGUCCCGCUAUGACACCUCUCUGAACUUGACCACCAAGCGCUUCCUGGAUCUGCUGUCCCAGUCUCCAGACGGGGUGGUGGACCUCAACCUGGCCUCGCAGGUGCUGGACGUGCAGAAGCGCCGCAUCUACGACAUCACCAACGUACUGGAGGGAAUACAGCUGGUCUCCAAAAAGUCGAAGAACCACAUCCAGUGGCUGGGGAACUGUAGGGACCGUCCGUCCAUCCAGCGCCAUCAGCAGCUGCAGAAGGAGCUCGUGGAGCUGACGGACGCCGAGGAGAAGCUGGACCAGCUCAUCAGCAAGUGUGAACUGCAGCUGCAGCUGCUGACAGAAGACCCACGCAACAAGAAGCUAAGCUAUGUCACGUGCCAGGAUCUAGGCAACAUAGUCAACUCGAAAGAUCAGCUGAUCAUGGUGGUCAAAGCCCCCCCGGACACCCAGCUGCAUGUCUCUGAACCUAGUGAGGGUUACCAGGUGGCCUUGAAGAGUUCCCGUGGCCCAGUGGACGUGUUCCUGUGUCCUGAAGACAGCUCGAAGGCCUGCAGCCCGGUGAAGGACGGCCAAGUGCGGCCCUCCCCCAGGCAGACGGGUCCCCCUCAGACGGCGUCACCAGAGCCGACCGCCUGCUCUUCAUCCGCACCAGACUCAUCCCCGCUGUCCUUAGAUGCCCCUUUCCUGAAUGACAACCCCGUACCUGACUUUGACUUCUCCCACCUGGAGUCCUCUGACCUGCUGUUAGACGAUGGCCUGGACUGCUUCAACUUCCCCACUAGCAGCUUCAUCAGCCUCUCACCCCCCCUGAGCCAGGACUACCACUUCGGCCUGGAGGAGAACGAAGGCAUUAACGAACUAUUCGAUUGUAAUUUUGGGGAAUUGGGCUCAUUGGAGUUUUGAAUUAGCCUCGGUGCCAUCCUACGUACAGUACUUCCGCCAAAAUAUUGGCUCGGUAGUAUAAUGGGAUGGGCAGUACCAGGCUAGUAUUGAAUGUAUGUUUCGAGUUCAUUGGAAGGUAAAAUCCCUGAAUGCAGGACAUUUAUGUGCCAUGGGACAAAUUAGACAUGUUUUGUAUAUUAAUUAAGACUCAAUGCAUUACCAGAUUAAAACUUUAUAUAUUUUUUCCUGGAAGACAGUGUAUAUUUAGAAUUAAAAUUCUAAAUAGCUUUUUUGUAAAUAAUAAAUACAUUUAUUUAAAAUUCGAGUUAGAACAUUAGUCUGAAAUACCUCAGCUAUGUCCAAGUACAAUUGAAGUGGUACUUUCAAUGUAGUUCUACUCAUAGAAUUAUUUCAUUUAACAAAUUUGGAACAGGUUCACUCACAUCUCUUGUCAUUUUAACAUUUUCAAUAACCAUAGAUCUAAUUCUCAAGGACAAGUGAACUAUUUUGAACAUUAAGCCCCUUUUCUGAGUCGUCUGCAAUGUUUUAGAGUACCCCUCACUGUCUAUUUGAUGUUUGCCGCUGUAAAAUGUUUAGGGUGAUUUUAAGAACAGAUAUGGAUAUGCCUUUAGACGGCCAUUAUAAACCUGGUUAAGGCAAAAUCCAAAUUAGCCAAAUUACGGAGAUGGCAACAAACAUUAAAAAAAACCGGUGAGGGGUACUCUAAACAUUGCAGACACCUCAGAAAAAGGGGCUUAAUGUUCAAAAUAGCGCAUUGAUCCUUUAAUAAGCUUCCAGUAGCAA